AUGGCUCAACCAAUUCAUUAUAGAAUCAAAAUAUAUCAAAACUUACAAAAUGCUCUACCUACAUCACGUGCAUCCACCAAGUCCAACUUCUUAAAUCAUAUUCAAUUUAUUUUAAUGCAUUAUCAUACCUUCCGAUCUUUUUAUGGUGCACUUUGCUUUUGCAAAAUAAAAUUUGAUAAUUAUGUUGGCAAGCAACAAGCACUUUCUAAAAUGUGUCAACAGAUCAUUGGUAAACCACAAGACUGGCAUUAUUCUGAUGUAGUUGUGGCUUAUGGAUCUGGUGUAUUCUCCUCUUCUUUUCCUGGUUAUGCUUCAGGACCAAAAAACAGUUAUACUAAGAGUUGA